AGCAGUUUCCGUUUGAUGUCUUUCUUCUUCUCAAAGCAUGUAAAUCAGAGAUUAGAUGGCCUUUUUUAUAUACUAAAAAUUACUAACAUUUGCCCUUUAUGUGCCUUUAUCAGGUAUGAUGUUCGAGCUGGAUUCUGGGGUGUGACAGGAGAACCUUGCCUUGGCAUUAUUCCUCCUUUCAUUGAAGAAUUUAAUUAUCCCAUGCCAGAAAAUUGUUCUGCUGGAAACACUAGUGUCUUUAUUAAUGGGAGAGAGCUGCAUCAGAAAGAUCUUGACCUGCUUUCCAGUAGAAGACUACCAACCGAGAGAGAGAAGUCCUACAUCGUUGAAAUUUCCGGGAGAGUUUUUGACCAGGACACUGGCAAAGAGCUAGAUGGCCUAGGCAGACUUGCCCCCACAGUUGAGAAGGCCAAGCGUGGCUUUGGCAUGAAGGUUCCCAGAAAUCUUUGUAAUUAAGGUCCUUGAUCAGUUGUGGAUUCUGAGGUCAUCAACCCUGUAUUAUUUGCCUUUGUUUUGUUGAGUUCCUAAUUAGGUGUCUAGUCCUUUGCAAUGGAUGCAAUGUCAAAUCCAUCUUCAUGUUUACACGGAACUGCAUAGUAUUCAUCUAAUCUUCUUGUACUUCGUAGUUUAUAACGUUGGAUGCCUCUCUGUCGACAAGUCGAUUAGUUAUUGUCAAUGGUCAGCAGCGCCACAGUUGUUCCGAAAAGCCUACAGGUUUCAAUGAUCAUUAAAUGAAGAGUUCCAGUCAAAAGUUAA